CGCCCGCCGCCCGCUCCCUCCGCGCCGCCGCCCCGCGUCCGCCCGGCGCGCCGCCAGCCGCCGCGCCCGCUCCCGGCCGGCCCGUCAGCGAGCCGGCGAGCCGCCUCCGCGCCCGGCCUCCGUGAGGGGGGCGCCCGGCCGGACUCUGAGCCUCCCUGGCGCGCGCUGCGGCCGCCCGCCCGGCAUGAAGACCAAGUUCUGCAACGGAGGCGAGGCGGAGCCCUCGCCGCUCGGGCUGCUGCUGAGCUGCGGCGGCGGCAGCGCGGCCCCGGCGCCCGGCGUGGGGCAGCAGCGCGACGCCGCCAGCGACCGCGAGCCCAAGCCGCCGGGCGGCCCGCAGCCGCCGCUCGCGCUGCCGCCGCCGCCGCCGCCGCUGCCGCUGCCCCCGCCGCCGGCAGGCGAGCAGCCCGAGCCCCGGACGCGGCGCAGGGCCUAUCUGUGGUGCAAGGAGUUCCUGCCCGGUGCCUGGCGGGGCCUUCGCGAGGACCAGUUCCACAUCAGUGUCAUCAGAGGUGGCCUCAGUAACAUGCUGUUCCAGUGCUCCUUUCCUGACACCGUGGCCACCAUUGGUGACGAGCCUCGGAAAGUGCUCCUGCGGCUCUACGGGGCGAUUUUAAAGAUGAGGUCCUGUAAUAAAGAGGGAUCCGAACAAGCUCAGAAAGAAAAUGAAUUUCAAGGGGCCGAGGCCAUGGUUCUGGAGAGCGUUAUGUUUGCCAUUCUUGCAGAGAGGGCGCUUGGGCCAAAGCUCUACGGCAUCUUUCCCCAAGGCCGCCUGGAGCAGUUCAUCCCGAGCCGGCGCUUAGACACUGAAGAAUUAAGUUUGCCAGAUAUUUCUGCAGAAAUAGCUGAGAAAAUGGCCACAUUUCAUGGUAUGAAAAUGCCAUUCAAUAAGGAACCAAAAUGGCUUUUUGGAACAAUGGAAAAAUACCUGAACCAAGUGCUGAGGAUUAAGUUUGCCGGGGAGCCGCGGGUCAAGCAGCUUCACCGUCUCCUCCACUACAACCUGCCCCUGGAGCUGGAGUACCUGAGGUCGCUGCUUGAAUCCACCCCCUCUCCGGUUGUGUUUUGUCAUAAUGACUGUCAGGAAGGUAAUAUCUUAAUGCUGGAGGGCAGAGAGAAUUCCGAAAAGCAGAGACUGAUGCUCAUCGACUUCGAAUACAGCAGUUAUAAUUACAGGGGAUUCGACAUUGGGAAUCAUUUCUGUGAAUGGAUGUACGACUAUAACUAUGCAAAGUACCCUUUCUUCAGAGCGAACAUCCUGAAGUACCCCACCAAGAAACAACAGCUCCACUUUAUUUCCAAUUACUUGGCUGCAUUCCAUAAUGAAUUUGAAAACCUCAGUAAUGAAGAAAAGUCCAUUAUAGAAGAAGAAAUGUUGCUUGAAGUCAAUAGGUUUGCCCUUGCGUCCCAUUUCUUCUGGGGACUUUGGUCCAUUGUGCAGGCCAAGAUUUCAUCCAUUGAAUUUGGAUACAUGGACUAUGCCCAAGCAAGGUUCGAUGCCUAUUUCGACCAGAAGAGGAAGCUCGGGGUGUGAGUGUGUGAGGCGCCGUCCGCUUCAUCCCUGGACUGCGUGGGGGCGGCCGGGCCAGCAGGGCCCUCCGCGCUCCGACAGCUGUCCCCGCGGCAAGGCUUGGAUGGCUCGCUGCCGAACACGGAUGUGUAUGAUACGAAAGACUGUAUUAAAAUUGAGUAACAUUUAUAUCCUAUCUUGUUUACGAUUUCACUAGGACUCUGCAAUGAGAUCGGGAAGCAGAAACAUAGCACAAUAGCGCAAUAGUGCAAUCUCUCAGAAUCCUUUGAGUCUAGAGAAGGCAUUUUCUAUGUGGGGCCUGAAGUUUGCAGUCAGAUACGGCAGACAGCACAAGUAAACAGUGUUUCUGCGGGUACUUUUUUUCAGUUAAUGUUGAUUUUUCAAGGACUUGAAUUCAUGUGCUGGGGAACACCGUGACCAGGCCUUCAGUGGUGACAAUGUGUGUCGAUGCCGCCGGCUCCUGAGGGCAGCGAGUGAGGAGGGACAGACUGUGACAUUGCUCUGCGGCCUGACCGACCGCGAGUGCCCGGAAGCUGCUCCCUCACCCUUCUGGUCCACACGGCGGAUGCUCGAGGCAGCAGAUGCCCGUGCGGGGGGUGGGCUGUUGUCUCCGUUCGAUGAAUGUAGCUCCUCCGGACCUGUUUUAUGUAUUUUGUCCCGCGGACGCAUCUCCCCCGUCUGUCUGCGGCCUCUGCCCUGCCCUCCUCCUCCACUGAAUGUGCCCUACUAACCCCAGCCUCGGCGGGCAGGCACCUGCGGACACACUCGCCUCCCGCCUGCCCUCCGCCCAGAAAGCAGGCUUUGCCCUGCUCUCCGCAGCCUGUUCUCCUCCACCUCUGCUCAGCCCCGGGUUGUGGAUUCUGUGACAGGGCUGGCGGCCCUAGGCGUCAUCCCGCUGCCGCGCCUGCCGCCGGGGCCCCGGUGCGCCCGGUGGGGAGAGGGUGGCCUGGCCUGGGCUCUGGGCCGGCUCCCCCUGCCCUCCCUGCCCCCAGUGUCCCUGACGGGGUGGUCCUGGUGGGAAAGAGCAGCCUGUAUGUGGAAUGUGGGGGCAUGGAUACGCUAGAGCUGUGAAACCCUUAUAUAUAGUAAAUGUCCUUUGGGAUAAAGUUUUUUUUUUACUCUGAACUUUUAUUUGAAUUGCUUUUUGUGCAUACAUUUCUGCUACCGGAGACUGUAUUAUACAAACAAUAAAAACAUACAAAACCCUCA